AAGAGAUGGAAAAGAAAUGAAGAAGGUGACGAUGAAGAAUCCGGAGAAAAAAGAAAUACGAAGAACUGUAUCAUUAUGCAAGAAGAAGGGACUGAAAAUGAGGAGAGUGAGGUAAUGGAAAGAAAGGCGGGGGAAGAGGGAACUGCAAAAGCAAUCGAUUUCUUUAUUAUUUGAUCAACGAUUGAGUCAUUUUUAGAUUGAGGUAAGGAAAUGGAUCAGAGGAAAAGAAAAUGAAAGAAAAGGGAAGAAUUAUUAGUACAAUGAAACUACAAAUAAAUUAAAGUUGAAGAAAAGAAGACGAAGAGAUGAGGAGUGGAGUGGCCGAUGGCGAUUCGAAAAAGAAAGAAAACCAAGCAGAAAUGUGGAGGAGGAAAAGUGCGCGAAUCGACGAAAAGCUUGCUUAUUGCCACUGUCUGGCGCCUCCACAAAUCAAUGGAUCUCACAGGAUGAAAACGGGUUUACAGUCAGCGUCUGCGUCUCAACGGCACUCGAGACGAUGAAGAAGGGCACCUCUUCUACUACUUCCUCUCGAGAAAAUGAAUAAGAGAGAGGGGGGGAGAGAGAGAGGGUACCAUUGUCCGAAGACGUCGCUACCAUCAGACUUUUACCGAAUUCCAACAAUCACCGACAAACCAUCAGAGACCACCACCACCACCACCCAAAAAAAAUGUG